AGCUGAGAGCUGUGGAGCAGGCACAAGGAAACAGAGCUUAAUCCAAACAUUCAAAAAACAGCACAAUGAACGAACAAAGAACAAGAACACAUUAUUCUGAGGAAUAUACUUUGUAAAAUACUUCCUAGACAUAGUCCUGUGAAAUCUUGUAUUCUCUAAUAUUUAACAAAAUUUGUUUAAAACAUACAUUUUUGAGGACAUGUUAACCAGACUGACAGUAAGAAGACUUUCCAAGUUAUGUUAAUGUUUGAUAUGGGGGUGACUCGAUAGCCGAAUGGUUAGGGUGUGUACCACAUGGGCCUUAGUGUGCUGCGCAGUUGGUCUCCGGCUCCACUACCUAUUCUGCCUGACCUUUACUGCCGUCUUUCCCCUAAUCUCUAUCCUGUUUCCUGUCUUCUCUUCACUGUCCUUUCAAUAGUCACUGGUGGAAAGUGAUUAAGUACAUUUCAGAUGGCUGUACUGACGAUCCAAGUAGAUGGAAAAUUAAAGUGAAAGUAUAAACUACAAAAGCACUUCCUCAUCUCUCACUCUCGUCAUUGCAGAUUCAGUCUGUCCAGAGCCACAUACACAAAGCUAUGGGAUCAGCACUUUCUGCACAGCCAUGGAGGGAGCUGCCAGCAAAUAAUCAGGACAAUCUUGAUUUUGUGAAAUUUUAUAACCCUCGAAAAGAAAACGUCAAACAUCUCAGGAUUCUGCUUCAUGGACCAGCUGGUGCUGCCAAGUCCUGUUUCAUCAACUCUGUUGACAGUAUUUUACGAGAAAGAAGUACCGGUCGAGCUCUGACAGAUGCAAUCUCUGGCAGCAGCUUUACCCAAAAAUACAAAACUUACAAAUUUGAAAAAAACCCUGGGAGUUUCUACUCUUUUGUUUUCAAUGACGUCAUGGGGUUUGAGAAAAACGCUAACAGAGGCGUCCAUGUGGAAGACAUCAAACUUGUCCUGAAAGGACAUGUGACAGAAGGUUACAAGUUUGACCCUGAACAUCAACUGACUGAGGACAACCCAGGCUACAAAACAGCUCCCACAGUGGAAGACAGAGUUCACGUUGUGGUUUCUGUUGUUUCUGCCGGCUCAGUAUCUCUAAUAACUGAAGACGUUGUGAGGAAGAUGAGAGACGUCAGACUGGCAGCCAGUGAAAUGGGGAUUCCCCAACUGGCUAUUCUCACCAAAGUUGAUGAAGCCUGUCCAGAGGUCAAAGCAAAUAUUAAAAAUAUCUAUAAGAGCAAGUACCUGAAGGAACAGGUUGAAAAAUUCCACUUGUUGCUGGGUAUUCCCCUCAACUGCAUCUUCCUUGUGAAGAAUUAUGAUAAGGAAUUCAAAACAGAUGAUGACAUUUCUGCUCCGAUACUCCUCGCACUAAAGCAGAUGAUUUACUAUGGAGAAGACUAUCUCAACAGCCUGUAGACCUGCAUACUGCUGAAGCAAACAAUGCAUGAUAAAGCUAUUUACGAACACAUUACGUUUAUAAUAUUCAUUAAAUGUUUGAAAAUCAUGUGUCUGGUUACACUGACAGAACAGUCCAUGGUUUUAUGGUAAAACCUGUGUGUUAUGACUACAUGUCACAGUAAUUGAGCUGCAGCCCACCAAGUACCAGGUUUGUUCCACCACAGAGGUCAUGCUGUAAUCCUUGACUUUCUCCUGUUGUUAUUGAUGAGUUUGAUCAAUUACUCAGCCGACCUCAAUAAGGCAGCCUAAAUUAUGAUACCUAAUUUCUGAGAGCCCAAGAUAUCCGCCAUCACUGGAUAUACUUGUGAGAUUUAUGUGUUGGUCUCUAAACUGUCUUUGCCCUCAUCCACACCUUGUAAGAUACAGAUACAGUUCUUAUUGUACUCCAACUAAAUUACACACUGUAUUUCUGAUUAAUUCUGUUUCUGGUGUAUAUAUUAUAUAUUUUCAUUUUUGUUAUUAUUCAGUGCUGUUUUAUAUGCUGCUGUUUUAUAUUUUUAUUCAGUAUCUGGCCCUGCAGAUCUGCAAUUCUGCAAUUGUGAUUUUCAUUUUUAAUUCUACUGUUAUUCCCAGUCUGCUGUAACAUCACAGUGUACCUCAAAGGAUCAAUAAAGUACAUUUAUGUAUAA